GUGGACCCCGUCGAUCCUGUCGACCCUAUUGAUCCAGUGGACCCAGUGGAACCAGAGGACCCUGUUGACCCAGUGGACCCCGUCGAUCCUGUCGACCCUAUUGAUCCAGUGGACCCAGUGGAACCAGAGGACCCUGUUGACCCAGUGGAACCAGAGGACCCAGUGGAACCAGAGGACCCUGUUGACCCAGUGGAACCAGAGGACCCAGUCGAUCCAGUGGACCCAGUCGAUCCAGUGGAUCCAGAGGACCCUGUUGACCCAGAGGACCCUGUUGACCCAGAGGACCCUGUUGACCCAGAGGACCCUGUUGACCCAGUGGAUCCAGUGGACCCAGAGGACCCUGUUGACCCAGAGGAUCCAGUGGACCCAGAGGACCCUGUGGACCCAGAGGACCCAGAGGACCCAGAGGACCCAGAGGACCCUGUUGACCCAGUGGACCCAGAGGACCCAGUCGAUCCAGUGGAUCCAGUGGAUCCAGUGGACCCAGAGGACCCAGUCGAUCCAGUGGAUCCAGUGGACCCAGAGGACCCAGUCAUUCCUGAAAACCCUGAAGAUGGUUCAACCACUCCUACUCCUACUCCUGAUGUUGCAAUUGACGAUGGUGAGAAAACUCCCAGCAUCACAACAACUUCUGAAGGGACAGGAGCCCGCAUGGUAGUACCAAUGGUAGGAACAUUCGCUGCACUCGUUGCUGUUUUACUU